AUGCUGGUUUCAAAGCUAACCCCUUUGCUGGAUAAGUCUUUAGCAAUUAAUCCAGCAAAGCAAAUUCAUGCCCAGAUACUCAUCAAUGGUUUCAGUGAUCUAGAACCUCAAUUAAUUGGUCGAAUUCUUGGCUCUGCAAACCAUUAUUCACGAAAAACGACUGAUUAUGUAAAAUUAAUAAUCCAUCGUAUGCAAAACCCGGAUGUUUUUUCUAUGGCAUGCACCAUUCGGUUUCUUUCUCAACACGGUCAAUUCCAAGAAGCUGUUGCUAUGUAUUUGCAUUUGCAUAGUUCAGGACUUUCUCCGAACACGUUUGCUAUAUCAUCCGGCCUGAAGGCUUGUGCCAGGAUUUUAUGUAAUGUAGGAGUUAUGAUUCAUGGUCAAGUACACAAGUAUGGUUUUUGUAAUGUUGUUUAUGUUCAGACAGCUCUUGUGGACUUCUAUUCGAAAAUGGGUCAUAUGGACACUGCACGUCGGGUGUUUGAUGAAAUUCAUGGGAAGAAUGUUGUCUCUUGGAAUUCGAUGUUAGCGGGGAAUAUGGAGCAGGGAUAUGCAUUGUUUCGGCAGAUGCCAGAGAGGAAUUCUGCUUCCUGGAAUGCUAUGAUCUGUGGGUACCUAGAUUGCGGGAAGAUAGAAUUAGCACGCAGCUUUUUUGAUGCGAUGCCCCAGAAGAACAACGUUUCUUAUAUCACAAUGAUUUCCGGUUUCUCAUCUUCGAAGCCAAUGGCAAUUGUGGGUAAUCAUUGUUUUUAUGCUUACUCACUCAAAUCCCACGUUUCACCUUUCUGGAAUUUCAGUCCAAGUUUCAGCUCCAAGCUCUCGUCUCUUUCUAUUGCCAGGAAAAAGCCCAGACCAUGUCUUCAAGUGAGAUCAGUUGCUGCUCCGACUGAAGCUAUUGCUGGCUUCGAUGAAAUGGUCUCGGGGACUCAACGCAAGUAUUACAUGUUAGGUGGAAAGGGAGGUGUUGGAAAGACGAGUUGUGCUGCAUCCCUUGCUGUAAAAUUCGCUAACAACGGUCAUCCCACUCUAGUGGUUUCAACUGAUCCUGCACAUUCCUUGAGUGAUUCUUUCGCCCAGGAUUUAACUGGAGGAACUCUAGUACCAGUUGAGGGACCCUAUUCUCCUCUGUUUGCCCUUGAGAUAAACCCUGAAAAAGCAAGGGAAGAAUUUCGAAGUGUCAGCCAGAAUAAUGGGGGAAGUGGAGUCAAAGACUUCAUGGAUGGAAUGGGACUUGGGAUGCUUGCAGAACAGCUUGGGGAACUAAAGCUGGGAGAGUUAUUGGACACACCUCCGCCUGGUUUAGAUGAAGCUAUUGCAAUUUCAAAGGUUAUGCAAUUCCUUGAAUCACAAGAAUACAAUACGUUUACUCGAAUAGUGUUUGAUACUGCCCCCACGGGUCACACAUUACGGCUGCUAUCGUUGCCCGACUUCUUGGAUGCAUCAAUUGGGAAGAUAUUGAAGUUGAAGCAAAAGAUAUCUUCAGCUACUUCAGCCAUAAAAUCUGUCUUCGGUCAGGAAGAAAACCGGCAAAAUGCUGCUGACAAAUUAGAGAAACUAAGGGAGAGGAUGUUAAAAGUAAGGGAGCUCUUUCGUGACACAAACUCAACAGAAUUCAUCAUUGUAACAAUCCCCACGGUGAUGGCCAUAAGUGAAUCAUCAAGAUUAUGUGCUUCCCUGAAGAAGGAAAGCGUCCCUGUCAACAGACUUGUAGUCAACCAAAUUCUUCCUCCAUCCGCAUCUGACUGCAAGUUCUGUGCUAUGAAGAGAAAGGAUCAAACGCGUGCUAUCAGCAUGAUCGAGAGUGAUCCAGAGCUCUCCAGCUUGACGAUGAUUCAGGCACCUCUCGUUGAUGUAGAAAUCAGAGUGGUACAAGUGACGGGGGAUAAAAAUCUUCGUGGGUGGCCCUAA